AUGUCUCAACAACAUAUGGAAGAUUCUAGUGAUGAAAAUGAAGUGAAUAAUAGAAAUCGAAUGGAUCGAGGAGCAUCAUCAGAUGGUUUGGAAUUAGUUCCGACAAUGCUUAAAAUAAAACAAAUUAUUUUACUUCGACAUAAAGAAUUUCUUCAAUUAUUAAAUGAAUUUAAUAAAACAUUAGAAAUGUUUACAAGAGAUGAACCAUGUUAUUUACAAUUUAAUAUUGUACCACAAACUGAUUCGAAUAUAUUUUGGAAAGCAUUAAUUCGUAUUCGAUGUUCAAAAAUGACAAGAGGUGAUCAAAGUAUAUCCAAUGAAAUUAUUUUAAAUUUACACCAAUUUUUAUCUGUACAUCAAUCAUUAUGUCAACAAAUAUCAACAUUACAAAAAUGUCCAUCAUCAUCAUUAUUUAAUUCAUCAGCAACAACAACAAAAGAAAAUUCAUCCUCUUUUUCAACUGCGAAAUUAUCAUUUACUGUACCUAAUGAUAAUGAAUGUUGUAUUUGUAUGGAUCGUCAACCAAAUCUAGUUUUGCCUUGUACACAUAAAUUUUGUGAUGAAUGUUUUCAGCAAUGGUCUUCUCAAACUUCGCCAACAUCAUCUCAAACAUGUCCUCUAUGUCGUGUAGAUAUAAAUAGUGAUAGUGGUUUUCUACUUGCUGAAAAACCUAAAUAUGAUAAUGUUAAAAAGAUGCUUACUGAAUCUAUAUUAUCAUUACCAGAUGAUUAUAAAACUCCUGGUCAUGAUAGAACAUCAAUGACUCGAAGUUAUCGAGAAUGA